CUCUCUCUCUCUCUCUCUCUCUCUCUCUCUCUCUCUCUCUCUCUCUCUCUCUCUCUCUCACAGACACACACACACACACACACACCAUAGUACAAACACUUACUUUCAUGACACUGAUACACGCAAUGGUAGCAAACCCUUCACAUGAUUAUCCGAAAAAAACGAAUCCCAAGGGCAAAAAGGUAAAGUGGGAAACGAAACAGCCGUCUUCAUGGGACCAGAUCAAGAACAUGCUGAUCUGCAAACACAUUGAUCAGGAUUCCAAAUCCCAUCAUACUAUUAUACAUCCCUCAUCAAAAAACGUCGUCGUUCCUCAACCGCCCAAUAUUGUCUGCUCCAGGUUAAGAAGGGACGCCGUUCAUGGCAACUCAAGGGUCGUAAAUCGAGCCGAUAAGUCGCCGGAGAACUGCCGUACCCCCGCCACUGCAGGGCAAGAAACCAGGCUGCUCAGCCACAAAACUACUUACGGAUCGUCUUCUUCCCUGUCGGUGAGAUCCGGUUCCGGUCGGGGCUUGCAGUUGAGAAAGCUCUCCGGUUGCUACGAAUGUCACGCCGUUGUCGAUCCAGCCAGGUAUCCAUUAAUCCCAAUUACAAGUUUAAAUCGUUGCUCUGAAUGCGGUGAGGUUUUCCCAGAAAUCGAGAUGUUGGAACAUCAUCAAGCAAUUAUGCAUGCAGUGUGUGAACUAGGGGCAGAGGAUUCAAGCCGCGACAUAGUUGAAAUAAUUUUCAAGUCCAGCUGGCUUAAAAAGGACAAUCCAGUGUGCCAGAUCGAACGGAUACUAAAGGUGCAUAACACCCACCGCAAGAUCCAACGGUUCGAGGACUAUAGAGACUCCGUGAAAGCACGCGCCAGCAUCAGCAACAACUCCGCCAAGAGAAACCCUAGGUGCGCCGCCGACGGAAACGAGCUGCUCCGAUUUCACUCCGCCACCCUCGCGUGCCCACUCGGCGCGCACGGCUCGUCCAGCUUGUGCGGCUCCUCACCUCCUUGCGGUGUCUGCACAAUUAUCCGGCACGGAUUUCAGGGGAACAGCAAAAGUGGGAUCCGCACCACCGCAACCAGCGGACGCGCUGCCCGGGACUGCCUUGGCGGAUCGGCCACGCGCGGGGCGAUGCUGGUGUGCCGUGUAAUUGCGGGGAAGGUGAAGCGCGUGGGGGAUGCUGAUGAGGAUGGAGGCGCGGCGGCUCCCAUAGCCGGCUCAUACGAUUCUUUAGGCGGCUGCGCUGGGGUUUAUUCGAAUAUUGAGGAAUUGUAUGUUUUUAGUUCAAGGGCAAUUCUGCCUUGUUUUGUGGUCAUUUACAAAGCACUAGAGUCUUAAGCACGUAUUAAUUGCUAUUGUAUCUUCGAUUAUAUUUUUUAUCUCAACAUAUCCCAAUAAUAAGGACUCAGUGUUUGGGAAACAUGUAAAUAUUAAAAUCAUAGGGGUAUGUUAAUCAAUAUGCUAUAUAAACAUAUAUACGCUUUUAUUUA